AUGACUUCCCUCGCUCUCUGCGCGGUCGUCCUUGCCCUCGCAGGGGAUUCUGUCAUCGCUAAGCCUGUCCAGCGCGCCACAUCCUCUCACAUUUCGCUCCCCUUCGCCCGCCGAAUGAACACCACAGGCAUCCCCAACCUCCUUGCGGUGGACCAGGCCCGCGCCAAGGCGCUGAAGAACCGCUCGUCGUCCAAGGGUACGAAGACUUCGGCUCGCUCCCCGCUGGCCCCGGCUAUCAACGUACCUGCGGACAACCAGGUCGUGGACUACGUCGCGACCGUGCUUGUUGGCAACCCGCCGACUGAGUUCUUUUUGCUGAUCGACACCGGAAGUUCGAACACCUGGGUCGGGGCGACGACGCCGUUCACGGUGACCAGCACGACGGUGGACACGGGGAACGAGGUCGAAGUCAUCUACGGCUCCGGGUUCUUUUUUGGCGAGGAGGUCACCGAUCAAGUUCAGCUGGCGAACGGUCUCACGAUCACGAACCAAUCCAUCGGUGUCGCUGAACUCGCCUUCGGGUUCGACGGCGUCGACGGUAUCCUGGGGAUCGGACCCGUCGACCUCACCGUCGACACGCUCUUCCCCGACGACACGGACACAGUCCCGACGGUCAUUGACAAUGCCUUUGCACAGGGCCUAAUCGAUGAGCGUCUCAUCGGCAUCUCGUUUGAACCCACCGAUACGAUCGAAGCCCUCAACGGAGAGCUGACGUUCGGCGGAAUCAACACGAACAAGUUCACCGGGGAGAUGACCUUCGUACCGAUCACGAGCACGGCGCCUGCGAGCGAGUUCGUCGGUAUCGACCAGACUGUCACCUAUGGCGCGGCCGGCACUCCCAUCCUUGCGACCACUGCCGGCAUCACUGACACCGGUACCACCCUCCUGCUGCUCGCCACCGAUGCCAUCGAGGCCUACCAGACCGCGACUGGCGCUGUCCUCGAUGACACGGUCGGCCUCCUCCGCCUCACCCCCGACCAGUUCGCCAGCCUCGAGAGCCUUUUCUUCCAAAUCGGCGACACGACGUUCGAGUUCACGCCCAACGCGCAGAUCUUCCCCCGCGCGCUCAACACCGCGAUCGGCGGCACGGACGACUUCGUGUACCUCAUCGCGGCCGACCUCGGCUCCCCAAGCGGGGAGGGCUUCGACUUUGUCGACGGCAUGACCUUCCUAGAGCGCUUCUACUACGUGUUCGACUCCGCGAACAGCCAGGUCGGCUUUGCGACCACGGAGUUCACCGACUCGACGAUCAACUAG